UUUCAUAAGAAUAAUGUUAGUGAUGCUGAUGAUGAUGACACAGACGAAGAUAUAACGGAGAAAAAAAAAAAAAUUUGGAUGAUGAAGAAGCACCUUGAAAGGCAAAAAUCAAUAAAUUCUCAUGACAAGGCUCAAAAUACAAUGUACACCAUUCAAAAAUUAAAAAACAAUAAAUUAUUGUUUGGUAAUUCAAUGAUUGAAAUAAAAAAUCAUCAUAUUUAUGUGAAAGAUAAAAUUUAUCCGGCUACUCAAGGUCUCUUGGAGUUAUUAUUUCAACAAUCACCUAAUGCAUCUAUUAUUCGGAAAGUUGAUCGAGAAAUUUUUAUUGAAAUUAUAAAAUUAACAAAUGCACAUCGUAAAAAUUUCAAACCUGAUGGUGCAUUUCUGACAAACAGGACACAAAAAUAUAAAAAUUAUAGCAAAAAAGGUUCAGCACUUGUAUUACCAAAAUACAAAACACUACAAAAAAAUAAGAAAAUAAAUAAUACAAAUUAUAUAUAUUGGGAUGAUCCCAAUGAGCUUGUCAAUCGUCUUCAAUUACUUGUAGCUUCAGAAAAAGCUGGCAAUAAUAGUCACGCUAAUGAAAUUCUUUCAAUUAUUGAAGAAUUAAGAGAAGCUGGUAUUAUUUGUUAA